GGCGAGCAGCUUGUGAGGCCGUGGUCUGACUGUUCGACCCCACCUGUCAGCCGAACGAGCAGCUCUGUUUAUCUCGCCCGUGGACUCUCCCUCUCGGAGACUGCGUAGUGGAACGAGUAAACAGAUCUGCUCUCUCCCUCUCUUUCUCUCUCGUCCGCGGCGAUACGAUCCGAGAUGGCGAUGAGGGCGUGGAGGCGGAGCGCGGCGGCGAGGGCCCCGGCGCACCUGUGCCUGUGGCUGGCGCUCGUCGCCGCCACCCUGGUGCUCGCCCAGGGCAAGAAAUCCAACCUUUCUGAGGUGACGCACAAGGUCUACUUCGACAUCGAGAUCGACGGCAAGCCCGCAGGUCGGGUUGUCAUGGGACUUUUCGGCAAGGCUGUUCCUAAAACCGCAGAGAACUUCAGAGCACUCUGCACAGGAGAGAAAGGUAUGGGCAACAGCGGCAAACCUCUCCACUACAAGGGGAGUUCGUUCCACAGAAUUAUCCCCAGCUUCAUGAUCCAAGGAGGCGACUUCACUCUUGGUGAUGGAAGGGGUGGUGAAUCAAUCUACGGCACAAAGUUCGGCGAUGAGAACUUCAAGCUCAAGCACACUGGACCAGGCUACCUUUCCAUGGCCAAUGCUGGGAGAGAUACCAACGGAUCCCAGUUCUUCAUCACCACUGUAACUACGAGCUGGUUGGAUGGCAAGCACGUCGUGUUCGGCAAGGUGUUGUCUGGAAUGGACGUGGUCUACAAGGUCGAGGCCGAGGGCAAGCAGAACGGGACACCAAAGAGCAAAGUUGUCAUUGCUGACAGCGGGGAAGUGCCGCUGUGAUGACCUGAAACGGUCUCUGGUGGAAAGCUACGGUGACUAGUUUCCGUUGUAGAAGCGUUAUUAUCCGGACUGUUUUCGUGUACUUCCGUGUGAAUUUAGACGGCAAGUUUUUUCCUCUUUACUAUAAAAAAGUACAAUGACUUGCUUACCCGUGAUCUGGCUGGCAACUUUGAAGGUAUCAUACACCACCGUUCUGUUGUCAGUA